GCCGCUGCCGCUGCGCCCUGGCCCCGCCGCCGCCGCGCAGCUGCAGCCGCGCUCCCGCCCGCGGCGCGCCGAGACCCCAGCCCGCGCCCGUGGCAGGCUUCAUCAGGAGUUUCUUGAUGUUUGGAAAGUUGUGAGACCCACCCUGUUGGACUACUUGUAACCAGUGCCUAAGACUACAAAAACGUACGUGUGAAAGAGCCUCUCUUCCUUCUUCCACUGUGUCCAUCACAAUACUGUGGAAACUCCGUGCAGGCCUUGCAAGGCAGGAGAACAGCUUGUGCUUCCAUUAACGCUCGUGCAUAAUCUCUGCUUCUUAUGCACUCCAGCACCCCUAUCAGUUCCUUGUUCUCCUUCACCAGCCCUGCAGUGAAAAGGCUGCUGGGCUGGAAACAAGGAGAUGAAGAAGAAAAGUGGGCAGAAAAAGCUGUUGAUUCCUUGGUGAAGAAGUUGAAGAAGAAAAAAGGAGCCAUGGAAGAACUGGAGAGGGCUCUGAGCUGCCCAGGUCAGCCCAGUAAAUGUGUCACGAUCCCACGUUCCUUGGAUGGGCGGCUGCAGGUGUCUCACCGCAAGGGGCUUCCCCACGUCAUAUAUUGCAGAGUGUGGCGCUGGCCUGACUUACAAUCUCACCAUGAGCUGAAACCACUGGAAUGUUGUGAGUUCCCUUUUGGCUCAAAACAAAAAGAAGUGUGCAUCAAUCCCUACCAUUACCGGCGGGUGGAAACACCAGUGCUACCUCCUGUACUCGUUCCAAGACACAGCGAGUUUAACCCUCACCUCAGCCUCCUUGCCAAGUUUCGAAACACUUCUCUGCACAGUGAGCCACUGAUGCCCCACAAUGCCACUUAUCCAGAUUCUUUCCAGCAUCCUCCGUGCACCCCUUUCCCAUCAUCCCCCAGCCACAUGUUCUCCCAGUCACCUAACAGCAUCAGCUACCCCAACUCACCAGAAAGCUCUUCUGGACCGGGAAGUCCCUAUCAGCUCAUGGUGGAAACUCCACCUCCACCCUACCAUGCAAGAGAACCUCCGGGAAUCCACAAUGGACGGUCAAUGGAUGCAAUAGCUGAAAGUCAGCUCGUGCUGUCUUUGCCCAGUGGAGGUAAAUCUGCCGAUGGAGAAGCUGAAAACUUUCGGCCUGUUUGUUAUGAGGAACCCCAACACUGGUGCUCAGUUGCCUACUAUGAACUCAACAACCGGGUAGGGGAGACUUUCCAGGCCUCCUCUCGAAGUAUCCUUAUAGAUGGAUUUACAGACCCUUCAAAUAACAAAAACAGGUUCUGCCUGGGUCUGCUCUCAAAUGUAAACCGUAAUUCUACUAUAGAAAACACCAGGAGACACAUAGGAAAAGGUGUUCAUCUUUACUACGUUGGUGGGGAGGUUUAUGCCGAAUGUGUCAGUGACAGCAGUAUUUUUGUGCAAAGCCGCAACUGUAACUACCAGCAUGGUUUCCACCCAGCCACGGUCUGCAAGAUCCCCAGUGGCUGCAGCCUCAAGAUCUUCAACAACCAGCUCUUUGCCCAGCUUCUCGCCCAGUCAGUCAAUCAUGGUUUCGAAGUGGUGUAUGAGCUGACCAAGAUGUGUACGAUUCGAAUGAGCUUUGUUAAAGGCUGGGGAGCAGAGUAUCAUCGCCAAGAUGUUACAAGCACACCCUGCUGGAUUGAGAUCCACCUGCAUGGACCAUUGCAAUGGCUGGAUAAGGUGCUGACACAGAUGGGCUCACCUCACAACCCCAUUUCCUCAGUCUCUUAAGAGUCAUCUCUAGAAUUCCCUUAGAAUGGAUGCUAUUGCAGGCAGUGGCUUAUAGAAUUCCCAUGAACAGAAGCUUCUCUAUGUAGAUGUAUGUAGAUGUAAAUAUAUCUAUACAUAGUCUACUCUCUUUUUUAAUUUUUUUUUUUCAUUUUGUGGUUUCUAGUUACUCUGAUGCCAGUACAAUAAGUUUAGAAAUUCAGGUAUAGCAUAUCUGUUCUCUACUACAAAAUAAGCCAAAAUCCUGCAAAGUGUCAAACAUUUCCUGUGAGCAUCUUCAUUCCCCAGCCAAGCCAGUAAAUGGUGCAAAUUCCCAACACUUAACGUGGGUUCAGAAACCUGGCUGUAGCUGUUCCUAGCAGGUGAAAUUUACCCUUCUGCAAGCCACCAAAGUCAGAUCUCUGUGCCGUUUUUAUUCAUCUUACAUCCUGAUUUCUAGUCCAGAAGAGGGCCUGAGGUGGUGCACAGGACUUAUGCAUACAGAUGACUUUUAUCUAGUGAACUGAAGGACUAAACUGCCAUUCCAGUCUGUCUCCCUACUGCAAAACACAAUGAGACAACAAAUCCGAAGAGCUGAUGCACACUGUUUCUCCUGGGAUUUGGCAAGAGGAGGGAGCAUGUUCAUCAUAGGAACCUUAUCUCAGAGCAUUCUGGACAAUCUGAGUAAUCUGAUACUGCUAACAUAGUACGGUACGGUACUGCUGCACUGAAAAGCAACACGCUCCUAAAAAAAAAAAAAAUUUUAAAUAUAUGCCCAUGAGUUAAAAAAA